CCAGCAAACGACAGAGAGAGAGAGAUGGGUGCGACUGUGAAGAACGCAGAGAAGUUGGUGAUGUCUGCCAUGAAAGGAAAUGACGCUUCUCACGAUGCUGCACACGUUUUCAGGGUCAGAGAUCUCGCUCUCUCUUUGGCCCAUGAAGAGGGCAUGUCUGCUUCCCCAGAGGCCAUGGAGGUGGUAGAGCUUGCCGCACUUCUCCAUGAUAUAGGAGAUUACAAGUAUGUGAGAAAUCCAUCUGAGGAGGCAAUUGUUGAGAAAUUUAUUGAGCAGGAGGGUGUGGAUGAGAAGAAAAGCAAGAAAAUACUAAUGAUAAUAAAAAGAAUGGGUUUCAAGGAUGAGCUUGGAGGCCAUGGAAUUGAAGAGUAUUUUCCUGAGUUUGGGGUUGUGCAAGAUGCUGAUCGGCUUGAUGCAAUUGGUGCUAUCGGAAUUGCUCGGUGUUUCACAUUUGGUGGAAGUAGGAACAGAGUUCUUCAUGAUCCUGCUAUGAAACCCCGACUGGAUUUAUCGAAGGACCAAUAUAUGAAGAAAGAGAAUCAGACAACAAUAAAUCAUUUCCAUGAGAAGCUUCUCAAACUGAAGAAUUUAAUGAAAACAGAGGCUGGAAAGAGAAGAGCCGAGAAGAGGCAUGUGUUCAUGGAAGAAUUCUUAAAAGAAUUCUAUGAAGAAUGGGAUGGUAGAGCUUGAGUGAGGUGGAGUGGCACAAAUCACAGAAAUGAUAUGAAAGUUUGUUUCCUCAUCACCCUAAAAGACUUUUGGUAAUAAAGAUCAUACUUUCUGAAAUGUUACCAUAUUCAACU